CUGGACUACCUGUCCUCUGCCCUGUCCCCUCUGGACCUGAACGACACAGAGCCUGUGGUGCUAUAUGCCAAGGAGUACUUGCAGCAGGUGUCUGACCUGAUCAACAAGACCGAACGCAGCCUGCUCAACAACUACAUGAUCUGGAACCUGGUGCAGAAAGGAGCGUCCAGUCUAGACCAGCGCUUUGAGAACGCCCAGGACAAGCUGCUAGAGAGCCUGUAUGGAACCAAGAAGUCCUGCACACCUCGAUGGCAGACCUGCAUUGGGAACACAGAUGACACACUCGGCUUCGCCCUGGGAGCACUCUUUGUCAAAGCGACGUUUGAUAAACACAGCAAAGAGAUUGCAGAGGGGAUGAUCAAUGAGAUCCGUACUGCCUUCAAAGAUGCUCUUGAUCACCUCAAAUGGAUGGACAAACAAACGCGUCAGGCAGCCAAGGACAAGGCGGACGCCAUCUACGACAUGAUUGGAUUCCCUGACUUCAUCCUGGAACCCAAAGAACUGGAUGAUGUUUAUGAUGGGUAUGACGUCUCGGAAGAAAACUUCUUCCAGAACACACUCAACUUCUGCAACUUCUCCGCCAGGGUGAUGGCCGAUCAGCUCCAUAAGUCCGCCCAACAGGGACCA